AUGAACAUAUCACCAACUCCACCCCCACAAGUUAUUCAACAACACUCAAUGUUCCAAAAUACCAAUAAUACCUCAAACCACCAUCACCACCAACAAAAUCAUCAUUUUCAACAAAAUAAACAACAAAAUAAGCAACAUAAAACUCAACAACCAUACCAAAACUAUUAUAACCAAGCAUUUAAAAACACUGCCAAUAUAGCUGGUGGUGGUGUUGUCCCUAUUAAUAGUAAUAUCAAUACAACUAACAAUAAUUAUCAUAUGUAUACAACCUCUAUAACCCCACCAGCUCCCUCAUCGCAAUAUAUUAAUAGUAUUAAUAAUAAUAAUGUAAAUUUUAAUCAACCACCCUCAUCGAUCCCCCAAUCUCAAUUUUCGAUACCACCCCCACCUCCAAUUGCCCCUCAAUCAAAUAGUAUGAAUGGUAGUGGUGGUAUUAAAAAAAACCCAUAUGCUGCAAAUAAUAAAAACUUUAAAAAAUUUAAUAACCAUAUUAACAAUACAAUUACAAAUAAUACAAGUGCAUCAAUUCCAGUGCCAAAGGUGAUGAUAACAAGUUCACAAAACCAAUUUUCAACAUCUUUACCAUAUAAUGUAAAUAAUAACUUUAAAAAACAUAGCAAUAGCAAUAACAAUAACAAUAACUUUAGAAAAAGAUCUUUAAGUGAUAGUGGACAUGGAUCAUCAAUAAACCCACCAUUUUCAUCAUCGCUACCAAAUAAUCCAUCUCAUCUAGUUUCAAAUUAUGAAAACUACAACCAUAACUAUAAUGGAAGUCACAAUAAUCAUCAAUAUCAUAGUGGUCAUCAUCACCAUCAUCAUAAUCAUCAUCAUCAUAACCAUCAUCAUUAUCAUCCACAACAAUUAAAUGGUUUUGACUCACCACCACAAUUUAUCUCAUCAUCACCAAAUACUACGCCAUCACCACCAAGAUCUCAUUACAAUGCAAGCAGCUCAUACUCACAGACACUGAUUGAAGAACCAAAGUUUUAUUCGGAAUCUGAAAAACAAAUACCAGAACUAAUGAAACAAUAUCUUGGAAGCUAUAGUAGUUAUCAUGAACACUAUAAUGCUCAACCACCAAAUAUAUACAAUAUUUUAAGGGAAUAUUUAAGAGAAUUCAAUACAUACAAAGAAGAAAAAGAGAAAGAUAGAAAUAAAAAGACAAGAUGGGAAGAAUUGGCUGAAAAACUAUUUGAAACAAUUUUAAAAAUCGAUAGUUUUAAUAGAUACACCCACAAAAAUGAAUUACAAAAGCUUUUGGCAAGAGUUAAAGAUGAUGGAGAAGCUGAUUUAGAGAAUAUAAUUAAUAAUUAUUUAUCUAUAAUUUAA